CACCAGCUACAAGGCUAGGCUGUUCCUCUAGUUCUCACAUUACUUUCUUUUUAGGUCCGGCUUCAGCCAUCGUGUUUCUACUAGCCCUUACUUCCUAGCGUGCAAUCACAAGUUUCAAAACCUGGUUCUUUUUCAAAGUCCCGAUCAGACACGGCAGGCACUGAUAAAGACGAGGCGAUAGUUCAGGCGCACACCUCAAUUAUUUCCGUUAUCGGCCAGCCCAUGAAGCUCAAGGGUCUGCUCAAACUCGAUUCGACCACGCGAACAGCAGGCCACGCUGCAGAUCUACCCGCUCCUACCCGCCUUAGCCGAACCUGUAGCCGUGGCUCGGAUUUCCCGCAUCGCAAUCGCUCCCGAACCGUAACCAUGGCGUCUCCAGGCAACCUCUGCGCGUGCUCUUACCCUCACGCCACUCACUCAUGCCCCCAUCACUCCCCCGCUCUCAGCACUCCCGCUUCCGUUCCGUCCUCCCCUUCCGCCCUAGUCUCACCGCGGACUCCAUUCGGCUUUUCCAGCCGCGAAAAGGCUCGCGAACCGGUUUUCAGCCGGUCUUAUAGUUUCCAUUCAGGCUCGAGCUUUAAGGCGAGCGGUCGGCGGUGGUCGACGGAUUCAGCCGCCCGUCCGUCACUCACGCCGAGUCCGUCACUCACGUCGCUUUCUCCCAGUAUCUGCUCUGAAUUCUCGGGGGACAGACUAGUCUUCGCGAACGAGGCGUUGACUCCGUUGACUCUGGGGAGAGGGAGGAGUUCAUUUUUCCGCUCCGCGUCGGCGUCAACAUCGGGCGGCCGAUUCGGGGAAUUCGAGGCCAUCCGGGAAGCGGAGAGCAGAGACGGGGACGCGGAUUGGGAUGACGGAGAUUCUCCUACCUUCGCCCGCGGAGAAUCGUCUACCUUCGCCCGCGGAGAAUCGUCUACCUUCGCCCGCGGAGAAUCGUCUACCUUCGCCCGCGGAGAAUCGUCUACCUUCGCCCGCGGAGAAUCGUCUACCUUCGCCCGCGGAGAAUCGUCUACCUUCGCCCGCGGAGUCGCGGAUUGGGAUGGCGGGAAUCGUCCUACGUUCGCCCGCGGAGAUUCCCCUUCCCUUGCUCGCGGAGUCACCGCAACCUUGGAGCGCAGAACCAGCGGAAGUAGCGGAAUCCUCGCAGUGGAAUUAUCAUCCGCUUCGCCUCGCCAAAGCGACGGUGGGGGUUCGGGACUCGGGACGGCAGAGGUGCCGGCAGAGACGCCAGCGGAGAUGCCGGCGGCCGGCGCGGAGCUCGCGGAGGCGAUGGCGGAGAGCGGCACGAUGGGCCCCACAGCCCUGUUGACGGAUCGCCAACUAUAUCGGUCGGACGCCGGUCGCCGAGGUGAUGAUGGAGUUGACGGCAGCGGCAUCGGCGGCGGCGGCGGCGCAGUGUCGGCGCGACAGCGGUUCCCCGAUUUUGCCGAGGAGGGCUUGCCGCGUGGUGCUCCGAGCGCGUCCGUCUUAUCUACCGGUGCACAUAGCGGCCUGCUCACCGGCUCGCUAACCGGCACGCUAGCCGGUUUGCUAAGCGGCUUGCCGACUGCUUCGGCUCUUCCAACGUUUUCUGUCUUCCCAAGAUACUCCGACUCGGCUGCGCACUUACGGAAGCCCCCGGGAAUCCCCGAGCAUCUGCCCUCGUCGGCCUGUGUCACGUCAGCGCGAGCCACGUCAGCACUGGCCACGUCAGCACGCGCACAGGUGCCGGAAAUGCUCCGUGCCAAGGGCUCGGCGCGGGUACUGCUAAACCCUGGGGCAGUGACCCUGCCGCUGUUCCAUGUGCGGGAAGGGUUUAACGCGUCGUUCUCCGCGCAUCCGGGGGGGUUUAGCGCGUCCUCCGCGUCUUCCGCGCGCCUGAAGCGCCGCGUCGCCGCGCCCGCGUUCGCGCCGUUUCUGAAGACCGCGUCUGCGCCGCCUGCCGCGUCGUCCGCCAAACAAAUCGCCGCAUCGUCUGUUACUGGUACUAAGAAGUCAGUUAGAGACUCCAAGCCCGUUGUCGCUGAUUCCCUUCUCUCCACCGACCCAAUUCUUUCAACCGCUAAACCUCCCGCCCGCAAACUCCCAGCCUUCUCCCCUUCCGCUUCCGCAACUCGCUCCGCCGCUUCCGCGCCCUCCGCUUCCCCAGCGCACCUCCGCAGCCCCGACCUCGUCGCCCCGCCAUCCCUCCCCGCGCGGCCCGCCUUCCGCAUGCCCACCCUUGCCCCUUCCCCCGCCCGCAAAGCCCCCCAAUUCGCUCCCCCGACCGAGCGCAACGCUCCGCCCGCCCUCUCUCCCAUUCUUCCGCAAGAACGCCGCUCCGCCGACCCCCCUGCCGGCCGGCCGCGCCGCCUGCCAGCCGUGCACGCGCUGGCGAACGGCGCGCUGGCACUCCUCGUGCCCCUGGCGGGAUCCGGGCCGCAGGUGCUGCAGAUGCUGGGCGGGCCGGCGGCGUGGGUGCGGCGGCUCGUGGUGUCCAUGGGGCUGGCGGUGGCGCUGUACAGCGUGAGCGUGGUGGCCACUGUGACCGCCGCGUUCUACUGGGCGUGGUGGCCCAUUUGGUGCGCUGUGGCCAAGAACCUGGCAAUGAGAGUCAAGUACAGACACGCUGGUCUCUGGAAGGCGCGUCUGCUGGACUUACAGGUGGUGCGAGUGGGGCGGCAGACCAGGUGGCGCGUUCUGAUUGGUGACCACAGCCACACGACCCUGGAGAUGGACGUCCUUCCGCCCUACAAGAGCGUGCGCCUGCGCCGCGGAGACCCAGUGGAGCUUCUUGUCCUGUCCGACUGCCCCUCACUCUCCCGCUUCCGCGCCGCCCGGGAAAUCUUCUUCCCCCAGCGGUCCCUGUGGCUCGUGGGGGACAAGCAGGCUUGUAUCGAGAGGUCAGUCUUUGAGGAGAUGAGGAGGAAAGUGGCUCUUAAAGCGGCAGUGGAGGAUGGGGAGGAUAGUGAGGGGGAGGAUUGGGACGGGCUGUACUCGUUAUUAACGGAUGAGAACGAGCAGCUGCUGCAGAAUUAUAGCUAUAACGAGGCGUCUAGUAUGCAGUCGGAGAUGGGUGGGGGGGGUGGGAAGGGCGUGGGGGGGAGUCUCGGGGGAGGUUUUGCUGGGGUAGGUGGUAUGGAAGGGGCGGCUGGGGGGAUGUCUGGGGGAGGCGCAUCUCUGGGCGGACUCACUUCUUUCCCUGAAGAUCUGGGGGUAAAAGGGGGGCAGGAGCUAAUGCCCCACCAGGGGCUGCUGGAUUACUCUGCAAUGGACUCGGCAGGCUCGGGAGGGUUCCGAGACCCUGUCCUGGCUAGUAGCUUUGGCGGCGGAGGCUCGGUAGGGGCGGUAGCAGAUGGGCUGGCAGCUUCGACGUCUGGGUUGAUGGAUGGUGGUGGUUCAGGGCCACUGUCUUUGCUUCUGGGAGACAGCCAGGAUUCAGAGCUGCUGGAACGGUUAAGGGAGACAUGAGGAGAACUGCAGCAGAGGAGGAAGGUGAAGGGAGGCGUGAGGAGAGGAAAAGACAUUAGUUUGGGGAGGUGCGGGGCUAAACUUGUCUCUUUUCUUCUGGGAGAAAGCCAGGAUUCAGAGCUGUUGGAGCGGCUCAGGGAGGUGUGGGGAGGGCUGCAGCAGAUGGUGUGGCUGCUUUGACACCUGGGUUGAUGGAUGGUGGUGGCUGGGGGCCGUUGUUUGGUUGGCAGUCUGAGGGUGCUUCUGAGGGACAGCCCGGUUUCGGAUUCGAGAUGGCAGGGGAAAGGGAGUUGUGUAGGUGGUUGUUGAAAUGGCUGAGGGGAGUCUGUGGUUGUUGAGUCGGCCCAGACGGGUGCAAGGUCAGCCGGAGGGGCCCGAAAGAAAGCUGAAGGGCGCCUUGAAUAAAGGGCCUGCACUCGUGAGUCGGGGGGGGGGGGGGGGGGGGGGGGGGAUGUGAGAAGGGGAAGGGGGGGACUGGAAGUGGUUGGAGGUGUAGGGGGGAUUGAUGUGGUGUUUGAUAUGCAGGGUGUUUUUGAGAAUUCUCAAAAACACCCUGCAAAAUCAGGGAUUGAUGUGGUGUUUGAUAUGGAGUAUGAGGCGGCAAAAAGUGAAGGAGCAGGAGGCGGUGUGAAGCUGGGUGAAGCAGUGUAGCCAGACUUAGUAACUGCAGGGUAUGGAGUCCCUUUGGCAGCAGGGUACUGGGCUUGCAUAGCAGCAGGGUUGUGGUGUUUCAACAGCGUCAAUGUAACUCCUGUAGCAGCAUGAUAAUGGCAGCAGCAUGACGUGGCAUCAGUAGCAGCAGCACAGGCUCAGACAUACCUUCAGCACCCGUCAAUCUCGUUCGCCAUCACUCUCCAAGUCCUCGAUUUGAGUAGAAGACAGAAUUGAGUGCUACAGGUGUGUGUGUUUCGAUGUGCUUCGCUGUGGCCUAUGGAUCGCCCCCACCUGUCCUGCUGGCUGCGUGCAUAGGUCGCCUCUUGCGACCCGUGCACCAGGCAGAGGGGGGAAUGGGCAGGCAAGUGGGCAGAUGGGCGCUUGGGCAGGCAAGAGCCGGCAGAGGGGCAUGCACAGGAAAACAUGGAGGGAUGACACAAUGUAGACUCUGGGGAAUGGAAUCGCUAUAUACGUGCUGCAUAUCUCGUUAUGUGUGGAAGCAUUAUCGAUGAAGUUUCUGUAUCUCUAGUAUGGUAGGAGACUAUGUUGACUUGUGAAUUCACA